GUGUAGUAAUACCAAUGCCCUGUGCGGGGUCACGCCGCUGACAGCCGCCGCGUCAGUACAGGAAGUGCCACGUGUACGGAGCGCGCAUGUGCGGGGCCGCCCCGGGGCUGGGACUCUGCACUUCCUGCUGCUGCUGCCUGAGAUCCCGGGACUCGGCGAUCUCACUACUACACUAGGAAUCCCGGGCCUCGGUCGGGUGGACGCCGGCAGCAUCCGGCCAAGAAGAGCCACGAUGUGCGGCUGAAUCCCGGGCACACAGCAGCAGCCCUAGCAAUAUCUCCGGGUCCUUCCCUCCUCCCUCUCCCCGUCCAACCACCAUGUCCAGCGCCGGGUACAACUCCCAAAAUGGGGGAUCCGGGCCCCCGUAUUCCAAUGGUCCGCUUCAAAACCCUUUGAUUUAUUCACCACAGCCGGUAGUAGGACAUGGCUAUAGCCCAGCACCUCCUGGCUCACAUUUGCAGCAUGUUCCAGCUAAGGCUCCUCCACAAGCAGGUCCUGGAGUAUACAGCUAUGGUGGGCCUCAAAUAGUUCCACAACCAGGCAAUCAUCAGGGAUCUGGGCAGGUUUUUAAUAGACCACCUAUGGGACCUUUGCCAAUGGCAUUGCCUCAAAACACAAACUCUGCGUCCAGAAUGCCGCCGCCCCCUCAGAACUCAGUUGGAGCGUCAGUAACCCAUGGUGGCAAUCUUUCUCAUGGAAUCCAGCCUCCACAAUCAAACUGGCAGUAUUUUCCAACACCAAUGAGUCAUGGACAGCCCCAGCCUAUGUCAGAUCAUAUGCCGUCCACAGCAGGAAUUGUCCCUCCAACAACCACCACCUUUGGGAACUCAAAGCCGCCAACUACUCAGCAGUAUGCAGCUUCUUUUGGAGGUCCUCCUCUUCAGAACAGUUUUAUGAGUCCAGGUCCUUCUCUUCCUCCUAUGAGCCAUUCUCAGCAAGGCAGACUGCCUUUGGGGCCUCCUCCAACUUCAUCCCCUUCAUUAACAAGACUCCCAGCACCUCCUUCUGGUACACCAGUCGGCAGUGAGCCUGUGCCACCAUUAAUCAGUGCUCCUCCCAGGCAAGAUGGUUUUCCUCAACCCCCAACAAGUGACAAUACUUCAGUUCAGAAUAGCUUUGAUACAAUAGAAGGUGGUGGAUUUAUGGGGAUGGUUCAUCCUGCUCCGCCUCCACCAGCUCCUCAGAAUCCUAAAAUCCCCCGGAAUGUUGGAAGUGCAUACCCAACAUUACCACCUGGUUAUCAGAAUGUUUUUCCAGCGGGUGGCCCAGGUUUAACCCCAACAACCCAGCCAUAUCCCAACAGGCCACAACCCAUGUCACAGCCAACCAUGGGAAUGAACAAUCUGAUAUCCUCAGUUGGAGGUUUGAGUCUCCAGCAAGCACAGCAGUUGGAUGAGUUACGAGCAGUGAAUCUUCUCCAAGAGAGGAACAUAUUGCCACCAGCACCCUUGAAGGCACCUUCUCCCUGUCUGCAGGAAGAUCUUCAGAAGCUCAACUGUAGCCCAGAGUUGUUCCGCUGUACUUUGACCAACAUCCCUCAGACUCAGGCUCUGCUGAAUAAAGCGAAACUUCCCCUGGGACUCCUGCUACAUCCAUUCAAAGAUUUGUCGCAACUACCUGUUGUCACAUCCAGUACAAUAGUAAGAUGCCGCUCUUGUCGGACAUACAUCAAUCCUUUUGUCACUUUUUUGGACCAAAGGCGAUGGAAGUGCAAUUUAUGCUACAGAGUAAAUGAUGUCCCUGAAGAAUUCAUGUACAACCCUGUAACAAGAGUAUAUGGAGAGCCUCACAAAAGACCAGAGGUUCAGAAUGCCACUAUUGAAUUUAUGGCUCCAUCAGAAUACAUGCUACGACCUCCUCAGCCUCCAGUGUAUCUCUUUAUGUUUGAUGUGUCCCACAAUGCAAUAGAGACUGGCUAUUUGAACACUGUAUGCCAGACCUUACUUGACAAUCUAGAAUGGCUUCCUGGCAACACAAGGACGAAGAUAGGGUUCAUCACGUUUGACAGCACAAUACACUUUUACAGUUUACAAGAAGGACUGUCACAACCACAAAUGUUAGUUGUCUCAGACAUUGAAGAUGUGUUUAUCCCAAUGCCUGAAAACCUGCUGGUCAAUUUAAAUGAAUGCAAAGAGCUGGUCCAGGAUUUGCUAAAGAACCUACCACAAAUGUUCACAAAGUCAUCAGAAACACAGAGUGCUCUGGGGCCAGCCCUGCAGGCAGCGUACAAGCUCACAUCGCCCACUGGUGGACGUAUAUCUGUUUUCCAAACACAACUGCCAUCACUAGGAGCAGGAGCACUAAAGCCCCGGGAGGAACCCAACCAAAAAUCCACUGCAAAGGAUAUCCAUAAUUUGACACCAGCGACUGACUUUUAUAAGAAAUUGGCUUUGGAUUGUUCAGGGCAGCAGAUCGCAGUUGACCUGUUCCUUUUGAGCGGACGGUACUCUGAUUUGGCUUCUCUGGGUUGCAUUUCCAGAUACUCAGCUGGUAGUGUUUACUAUUAUCAUGCUUACCAUCAUCAGCACAAUCCAGUGCAAGUUGAGAAGCUGCAGAAGGAAUUGAAAAGAUACAUCACCCGGAAGAUAGGCUUUGAGGCUGUCAUGAGGAUAAGAUGUACUAAAGGCCUUUCCAUACAUACUUUCCAUGGUAACUUCUUUGUUCGCUCCACGGAUCUUUUGUCGCUUCCCAAUGUUAAUCCUGAUGCAGGCUAUGCUGUACAGAUGUCUGUGGAAGAAAAUCUGAGCGAUACGCCUUUAGUGUCCUUUCAGUCUGCUCUUCUGUACACUUCCAGCAAAGGAGAGCGGAGGAUCCGUGUGCACACAAUGUGCCUUCCUGUGGUUUCAGCGCUGUCCGACAUCUAUGCUGGUGCUGAUGUGCAGGCAGUGAUUGGACUGUUGGCCAAUAUGGCUGUUGACCGAUCCAUUGCGUCAAGCUUGAGUGAUGCUCGGGAUGCUCUAGUGAAUGCUGCCAUUGACUCUCUCUCUGCUUACCGCACGUCAGUGCUAACGGCGCAGCAGCCAGGUCUCCUGGUGCCAAACUCCUUACGUCUAUUCCCUUUGUUUGUGUUGGCCCUCUUAAAGCAGAGAGCCUUCCAGACUGGAACAAACGCAAGUUUGGAUGAAAGAACAAAUGCAAUGUGUCAGAUUAAGAGCCAGCCACUAGUGUAUCUCAUGCUGAUGACCCAUCCUAACUUGUACAGAGUGGACAAUCUAUCACUUGAGGGAGCCGUUAACAUCAAUGACAAGACGAUACCUCAGCCACCCAUUCUCCAGCUAUCUGUAGAGAAGUUGAACAGAGAUGGCGCUUACCUGAUGGAUGCUGGCACAAUAAUGCUCCUGUGGGUGGGACGCAGCUGUGGACAGAACUUCUUGACUCAAGUUCUUGGAGUUGCAAACUACUCGGCAGUAUCCCAAGACAUGACUCAGCUGCCUGACCUGAAUACCGCUGAAUCUUGUAGAUUGAUGGCUUUUAUCUCUUGGCUCAGAGAACAGAGACCUUUCUUCCCGACAUUACACAUAAUCCGGGAUGAGAGUCCUCUAAAGACAAUUUUCCUUCAAAACAUGAUUGAAGACAGAACAGAAUCGGCCUUAUCAUACUACGAGUUUCUCCUCCAUCUCCAGCAGCAAGUGAACAAGUAAUCAUUUGCCCUGAGCAAGUGUGCUAUAAGAAAAUUCCUUUCCAACAGAACCGCAUACAGUGCGCCCAGGAUGCCACCACUCUGCAUUAUGAAGUCCAUGGGCCUCAUAAAUUAGGAUGUGAAUACACUGUGAUUUCAACAAAAUGUAUCUAAUAACCACAUUUGGGAAGCUGUAUGUGCAAGCACACGUGCUGUCAUUUUUAUAUGAUGUGAUAAGGAAAAAAAAUUGAGUCCAGACACCCCCUUUGUUCUUGGUUCCUAUCAGAACUGCUAAUGGGCUGUUCACUAGUGUCAGAUGGGCUGGAAAAGCACUACACAGAGGCCCACUCUGGCACCACAUGGUUUCUCCAAUAUUCAGGAGGUGAAAAGACAUUUAAUAAAUAAAGCCAGAGCUUACUUUGGAAUACAGAUUUAUUUUUUUCCUUUUUUUUUUUUUUUCUUCUUUUUUUUUCUUCUUUGCUUUCUUUUAUUAUUUGCUGCUAGUUUUGAACUUAAAUGAACUGAAAUACAAGUUGCUGAUAUAAGAAACUGCUUUAUACUCACAUGUAUAUGUGUGUGUAAAUGUUUUCAUACAUUAACAGAACAUUACAUAUGAAAAUCAAAUGUAUUUACAGCAGGCUAUGCAAGUGAUUUUCCUUACAAUAAUGAUUCCUGUGGUGUGUUUGAGCAUCACCCUGGCUUCAUAGUUUACAGGAGUUAAAGUGUAGUUAAAUUGCUCUCCCAAGCCUCUCGUAAAGCAUGCUUAUUGAUCCAGCGGAAUUAACUCUUUGCAAGAAACGGGAACAUAACAUAUGUUUGUGAAUAUUUCAAGAAGUCCUUUGACAGAAGCCAUUUGUAUUUUAGCAAUAGUUUUCUCCUAAGUUGUUGUAGGCAGUGAUUAAAAAGAAAAUGAUUAUUAAAUGUGGCCCAAAGUUGGUGCUAAAAAUCAUAAUAAUAAAUAUAUAUAUAUUUAUAUAUAUAUAUAUAUAUAUAUAUAUAUUUAUAUAUAUAUAUAUAUAUAUAUAUAUAUAUAUAUAUAUAUAUAUAUAUAUAUAUAUAUAUAUAGCAUGCAGAAGACAAAGGCACUCAGCAGUCGUCUUGAUUAAGUAAAAUGCCUACACCGUUUCGGGGACUACCCCAUGUGUAUCGCUUGUCCCUGACGACAGGGGUAGUCCCCGAAACGGCGUAGGACCGGAAUAAAGGCAUUUUACUCAAUCAACACAACUGCUGAGUGCCGCUGUCUUCUGCACGCUAUUUGGGAUCCAGCUUAGAUCCACAGAGGGCACUGCAGCAAGUAACCAGAUUUUCCCACUUUGAGUGCAGAGUCACACCGCUGCAUAUAUAUAUAUAUAUAUAUAUA